GUCAGAACAAAUGAAGCUUCGAAGCAUUAAUGACAUUUCACUUAAUCAAGUGGUUGUAGUCUCCGGCAUUACAAUUUGUACUUUGGCUGUUAUUUAUUUUUUCCGAAAGUGCAAAGGGUGUAAUGGCCAUUGCACUACCAAAGGACCGAUAACAUUGGAGAAUCCUGAAGAGAAAUAUGCGUUGAAAUUGAUUGGAAAAGAGGAGGUUUCGCAUGACACGAGACGUUUUCGCUUUGCAUUGCCGAGUGAAAAUCACGUCCUUGGACUGCCGACUGGACAAUUUAUUUAUGUUAGCGCUAAGAUUGACGAAAAAAUUGUAAUUCGGCCGUACACUCCUGUCACUAGCGAUGACGAGAAGGGUUUUGUUGAAUUCAUUAUUAAGGUCUACCAUCGCAAUGUGCACCCCAAAUUCCCUGAUGGAGGGAAAAUGUCUCAACACAUGGAUAGCCUUAAAAUUGGUGACUCUCUUGACUUUCGCGGACCGAAUGGUCUAAUUCAUUACAAAGGAAAUGGAAAGUUUGCAAUUAAAGCAACAAAGAAGGGUCCAUCGGUGCCUCGACACUUUGAUGAGAUUGGACUUAUUGCUGGGGGAACAGGCAUAACACCGAUGUUGCAGUUAAUUAGAGAAAUACUUAAACAUCCAGAAGACCCAACGAAGAUUUCUUUGCUUUUUGCCAAUCAAACGGAAGCUGACAUUUUGUUGAAGGAGGAAUUGGACUUUCUUGCCGCUGAAAAUCCAACUCGUUUUCGUGUUUGGUACACUGUUGACCGCUCUCCUGGCGAGCAUUGGAUUUAUUCUGAAGGAUUUGUUAACGAGCAAAUGAUUGCUGAACACUUGCCUAUUCAAAAUGUUGGUUCGGCUGUUUUGAUGUGCGGGCCUCCUCCAAUGAUUAAUUAUGCAUGCAACCCGGCCUUGGACAAAUUAAAUUUCCCUGUGGAGAAUCGUUUUGUCUUCUAA